UCAAAACGGCCAUUAAUUUCUGUUAUCCAAUCGGGUUUAUAGGAAUGUGAUAUUAAAAAAGAAGAAAAAAUAAAGAAGAAACGUUUAAACAUUAUUCCAGAAAUUAUCAAUCUAUUCCAAUGGUAUAUCAGAUACAAGAGAAUAGUGCUGAUGAUUCAAGGAUACGUUUUAGAUUCCGAAAGAGAGUUUAAAUCCCGUCCAAAAUUGAUCCUAUACUAUUGUUUUUUCUUUUUCAUGACAUUGGUUCUACUGCAGUUACUUACUAACUAAAUCCUAUAUACUCUGGUGUCUAUAAUCAGAAAUAAAUAAGCAAGCGUUCGUAACCUUUAUCAUUCAUUUCUGCGUAUGUAGUAUCAUAGUAACAACUAUAGUUAAUCAAAAGAGAUAACAUGCAAUGGAUUACAAAUUGUGUGUUACUCUUACGAUCAGAUAAAUUAGUUUUAUAUGUUUUUCGUCAAAUUUAAAGUUUAAGGUUUCUUAUUGUUUCUUUCCUUUUUUUCUUUAUUUUCUUUCUUCUUCUAAAGAUUUAUUGCAAUGAUAUAUCGGCCAACAUGUGUAAAAAAUAAUGUAUCGACUAAAGGAACAAAGGCACUAAUAAACUAUAUAUGCAUAUCAUCGAUUCGAUAAAUAUAAUGGGGAAACAAAGUGAAUCAUGUUGGAGGUGUGUCAAAGUUCUCAAAUGGAUACCAGUCCUUUUUAUUUUAACGGUCGUUGUUUGGUCCUACUAUGCCUUCGUUGUUCAGCUAUGUUAUUAUAGAGUAGACAAUGAUGUUCAGAAAGCGUUCUAUCUCCUUUUCUUCCACAUAUUGUUUCUGCUCUUUUUAUGGUCCUAUUGGCAAACAGUAUCCACAGAUCUAGUAUCUGUCCCAGAAAAGUUUAAAAUACCAGAAGUAGAAAUAGAAAAACUUCAACAAGCGGAAUCAGAAGAAGCAUUUAGACAGAUCUUGGAAAGAUUUGCCCAAGAUUUACCUGUAACAAAUCGUACUAUGAAAGGAGGUAUACGAUUCUGCGAGAAAUGUCAUUUGAUAAAACCGGAUCGAGCACAUCAUUGUAGUGUCUGUGGUACUUGUGUCUUAAAAAUGGACCAUCAUUGCCCAUGGGUAAACAACUGCGUAGGCUUCCACAAUUACAAAUUUUUUAUGUUGUUUUUGGCAUAUGCCCUACUUUAUUGUAUAUUUAUAACGGCUACAUCUUUACAAUACGUUAUACGCUUUUGGAAAGGAGAAUUAGAAGGUAUGGGUAGGUUUCACCUGCUCUUCCUCUUUUUUGCUGCUUUAAUGUUCGCAGUGAGCCUGAAUUCUCUUUUCUUUUAUCACUGCUACCUUGUGCUACAUAAUAGAUCAACAUUAGAAGCCUUCAGGCCUCCCAUGUUUCUCACGGGAAAAGACAAAGAUGGUUUUAGCCUUGGAAAGUAUAAUAAUUUCCAAGAAGUAUUUGGCGAUAAUGCACGGCUCUGGUUCCUUCCUGUUUUUACUAGUCUUGGAAAUGGUGUCACCUAUCCAGUACGUUCGCAACACCAGGGCUUAACGAAUACUUAUGAUUCCAUGGGCAGUACUCGUAACAGCACUGCCGUAAUACCUCAUGCUGUAAAUGCCAAUCAACCACUUGUGGAUACUACAGAAAUAGUUUGACAUCUUUGAUCAGUAUGUGUGAUCUUCAUCUCUCAUCUUGUUUCAUAAUCCUAAAUACAUAGACAAUAUUGAAUUUCUCUAACUUGUGUUUUUGUUGUUCAUUCUUUACUGAAAAUUUUCCAAAUAUUAUUCAUUAUAAUAUAUCAUCAGAAGAAUUUUACAAGAGUUUUUAGAUAUAUAUGGCAUUCAUGAGUUUACAGAGUGCCUUGCGCAAAAAAAUAUGUUUAAUGUUAGCACGGAUCAUGAUAUUAAUGAUACCACCUUUCCUGUGACAUAUAAUAAUAUUUAAAUAAUAUAUAAUGAGGCUCUAUAUAUUUAGCAUUACUUAUGAUAUAUUUAUUCGAAUAUCUUUGAAUAAUUGUUACAACCAACAAAUGUAGAAUUAUUCAAACCACAUAUAUAUAUAUUAUAUAUUAAUUUGAUUUAAAGUUAUAUUUGUAAUACAUGUUUUAAAAUAUGUAUUAUUAGUAUUCUUCACUUUAUUGUUUAACAGAAAAGCCGCUGAAUUACUGUUGAAAUUUUUUUAUUUUAAUUUUAUUUACUUAUGUAAUAAAAUAGGUGUGUUAUAUA